AUGAAUAUUUCACCAAGUUACCAGGCCAGCUCCAACGCUGAACACCCCAAUUCGGUUAUAACGAAGAAAGACCGACAAUAUCAGUUGGCAAAAUUAUUCAUCAUCGCGCUCGUUUCCAUAGCAACGGUUACGUUAACCAUUAUUGAUGUGAUUCAAACAGCAAAAUCCUUUGGGAAGAAAGAAGAGCUAACUUACAAAAUCCAAGGAAGCAUUGACACGGCAUUGGUUAUCCACAACUUACAGACAGAACGAGGAAUGACAGCUUUACAGUUUGGUUUUCAGCAAUUACAUUACGAAGAACAACGCCUUAAAUUACGUAACAUUCGGCGUAAAACGAACGAAAGCAUUGUCAUACUAGAGAAAAGUGAGGACACUAAGCUUAGUAUGCUAACUGGAGGGACGAUGUCAUUUUGGUAUGCCUUGGAGGAUUUUAGAACCAAAAUUGACCAUGAGAAAACCAAUGUUAUUGAAUGCUUACAAACCUACAGAAAAUGGAUAAUUAGACUCAUCUCUACGCUUGCAGAAUACACAGAAUCCGAAAACUUGGAAGACUAUGCUAACGUGGUUUACGCAUACGAGAUGGUGAUUCUCAGUAAAGAAGAGGCAGGAAUGGAACGAGCUCUUGGAGGUUUGAAAUUCACUCAAGGAAAGAACUUUAGUACAAUAAACACAACAUGGUACAACGAAAAACGUGCCCUUGCUGAAAACUACCUCGAAACAGGCUUCCUGUUUUCAAGUGAAUUAAAAAAUAUCCACACUUCGUUAUUUGCCAACACUUCCCACUGGAUCAAGAAAAUUGACAAGAAAAGAAAAGUCUUAUCUGGGGGUGUAUACCAGAAGUUUUCCGAUGACGAAGCAUACGCAUGGUUUGAGUUGAUGACAAAGUACAUUAACAUGAUGUUAGAACUUCAAGUGCGAAUAGCUGUUGUGAUUGAGACAAAGCUAAAAGAAGAAAUUAGUCAAAGCAAAUAUCAACUUGUGAUUCGCUCACUGCUUUUGUGUUUUACCUUGAUUGUCGUGCCAUGUAUUAUUAUAUCGUUGGCCAGGGUUCAGAAAAGUUUUUAUGAAUACACCUUGUCGUUGUUUGAUAAAGUUGGACUGGAGCAAGCAAGAACAGAUUUCCUAAUGCGAGAAAACUCAAGACAUGUUGACAGUAAGUUUAAUUUAUGUAAAUGUAAGCAAAACCAUUUGAAGAACCAACAAACAAAGAGGCUUCUUUCCAUUCUGUUCGGUGAAUACUCUGGUCGGUGA